UGUAUCUCUCUUCUUCUCUCUCUCUCCCCUCACCCCUCCAUUUGUUGUUGCGAGAUCUAAUCUGAAGACCCAAAGAAGAGCAUGAGUCCAGCUAACCUGGGAGGUCAGUUUGGAGACACCACUUACACCAAGCUCUUCGUGGGCGGCUUGGCUUGGGAGACCCACAAGGACACCAUGAACAAAUACUUCCAACAGUUUGGGGAUAUCUUGGAAGCCGUUGUUAUUACCGACAAGGCCACCGGUCGAUCCAAAGGCUAUGGAUUUGUCACUUUCCGGGACCCCGAAGCCGCUAUGAGGGCUUGCGUCGAUGCUGCUCCGGUCAUCGAUGGGCGGAGGGCUAAUUGCAACCUCGCUUCUCUUGGGCUUCAAAGAUCCAAACCCUCAACACCCAACCACGACAAAAAGAAAUGGGAAUUGGCAGGCGGCGGCGGCGGCGGAGGUGGCGGUGGAGGAAGAAACUUUAGGGUAUUGAGCUGUUUCCAGAGUGGAUUUGGAGGGAAUGUUGGAUCAGCUUUUCAUUCAACACCAACUUUCCCUCAUUAUGCUGUCCACCAAGGGAUCCCUUACAAUCUCUAUGGGUACUCUUCCUAUUCACCCGACUACAAUUACCCUACGAGCUAUUACAAUGUGUACGGCGGCGCAACUGCUCAGUAUCCUAUGUAUAGUACUGGUCCCGGCGGCUUAAUGAGUGGUGCGGCGGCGUUCUACCCGUAUUUCCAGUUUGGGGAAGGAAGUGCCGGCGGCGGCGGAGCCAAUGGGUUCAGUGCUGGUUCUGGUCAACAGGGUUAUGGGGUUCAGUACCCUCACCAUCUGUUUCAGUACUCGGCUGGGAUUAAUUCAACUGCAACCACGUUCCCACAGCACUAUGGUGGUCCUCCUAUGUCUCUCCCGCCCACGCCACCCACCCUGCCGUCAGUGUUUUUUGCUGUGCCACAGGCGUGACAAUGGCUCUAACUACACCAAUCCCACAUCGCUAGAGAGACACAAAACCCUCGUCUCUCAACACUCUUUCCUACGCCUACGCCUACGCCCUAACCAUGGUUCCAUCUCUCAAUCUCUCUCUCUUUAUUUCACUCACUCUAACACCAACCAACACACAUGCUCCUUGUCGGGGCUGAAUCAAACCGAACCGAACCAAACCAAACCAACCCCCAAAACUCACCUCCAAAGUUGGAGCAAAAUCAUGCAUUUUCAUUUGUUCAUUUCAUUUUGUGAAAAUGGUUUUAAUGCAAGGUACAAAGGGGGGGGUGAUCCCCCCUUUUUGUUGUAAGUUGAUGAGCCGUAGGAGUGGCUCUUAAGGACAUUACAACAAUCACCCUUUUUCAAAACACAAACACUUGUUGGGUUUGCAUCAAAAUUGUAAAUUUCAUUCCAAAACAGCACACCCAUUUCUUCCAUCACUUAGAACAACAAGAAAGCUAAUAUUUUUCCCAACUUUUGAUCUUCAUUAUCAUCAUCUGUAAUUAAAUUUGAAGUAGGAGUAAAAAGUAAUAUGAGAAGAAAUUCAGAUUUUAAAGAAUUAGUAUUAUUAGUUUGACAUAUUCCUCUUGGGGUAAGGGGAUUAAUUAACUCUUAAGCUACCAUAUUAGUUUGUUGUAAUUAAAAUUAAGAAACAAUGGUUGUUGAACUUAUGGGAGUUACAACCUGGUUUAAUUUUUGGUAAACCAAAGCACAAAUAUUGCUGUUGGUUUAACAUUAUUUUUUUGUUUUAAUCAGAAAUUUAGGAUUAGGGUUUAAAGCAUCAUCCAUGAUUUUGAGAUGAUCCAUUAAUGGAUAUGGAGCUCUCAAAAUAAGCAUUUUGCAUGUGAGGCAUUGGGAGAUAUUUGGGUUCCCUUUGGCUUCUUCUUCUUCUUCUUCUUCUUCUUCUUCUUCUUCUUCUUCUUCUUCUUCUUCUUCUUCUUCUAACCCAAUCAACCAACCAAGCAACCAACCAUGGUUAGGACAUAGGCCAACUUCAUGUCUUUCUUCAUUUCUUGCUCUCCAAUUCUGCUGUGUUUUAUGUGUCUGCGUGUUCGAGGGCUUCGGGUGGACCUUGGAAACACUGUGUUUUAAUUAAUUAUGUCGCUAAAAGAAGAGCCUUUUUUUGUUUUUUUUUUUUCCCUUUUCAUGUCUUUGUUUUAUGGUUUGUAAUGUAAUUAGAUGUUGGGUACCUUUCUUUCAUAUCAGCACUUCUACUAAGAUUCAGUUCUUCAUCAGCUUGCUCCUUUGCAGCUGCUUGAUGAAUAACCUACGUACCUCAAUAUUAAUUGCUUCUUUCUUUCUC